AUGAUAUCCUCAACCUUCUUCACCGGCCUCCUACUCGCCUCAUCGGCAUCCGCCCGCCCCGCCAAGCGCGGCACGGGUGAGAUCAAAUGCCCCGUGGUACUUAGUGGAUUCGUGCCGGCAGAUAUGACGCCGACGGACUUCGACUCAUAUGCGACGAGCCCCUUCAACCCCGACUACAUCCGCGGUACCGAGAAAUUCUCGGAGAUCCUACAGUUCCCGGAAAUUGAGGCCUCGCGCUUCGAUAACGCUAGCACGAGGGCUGUUGAGGUCACUAUCAACGACAAGUCUAUCUUCCAGAAGCAGAAUGGUUUCCGCCGAGCCGGUCUCCAGAUCCAGGGAGAUACGAAUGAAAAUAGCCCCGGUACCCAGGGUGUGAAGACUUUACACUUCAGCGUCAAGCAAGAUGCCGAGAGGACUUUGAACUUGACUCACGAGUACUUGAAUGUCUGGCAUGAGAGCGCAGACUACAGUGCCAACCAAUUCAACUUCCAGAGCGGUACCAUCAUUGGCAAGUCCGGCAGCGACAAGGACAGCUUCAAGGUCUUGAACCGCCAGAACACCCAAGUGUGGUCAACCCCUAUCGAUGCCACCGCUUGGCAAAACUUUGCUAUUACUCUUGACUUUGUGAAGAAAAACGAUAACAGCGGCGGUGGCCAAUACCAGAUCGGCAUCCUGAAGAAGCCCACAGGUACUUCCGACGUCGUAAACUCAGGCUACCAGGAGACCGGCAUCGAGGAGGGCCAAAUCUACGGAGGUAUCUUCCUCGAGGAUAGCGCAGAUGGCUGCGUUUCGCUGUAA